CAGUGCUGCAAUUUUAUAAUGAUCGGUCUCUCCCGCAACUUCUCCACAGUCUCCAAGCUCAGCCAUUUACAGCAGCUCCAAACACAGGCCACGCCAAAUUUUGUUCCUUUUUCUCAGCUUCAACAGCAGCGGAAACUCCUAGAAUGGCGACUCAUCGCCAUUCUUCACGACUGCACCCACUUUUCUCAAAUCAAGGAAGUCCAUGGCCAUAUCAUCCGCAACGGCUUGGGCCAAUGCUGCUACGUCCUCACCAAACUCAUUCGCAUGCUCACGAAGAUAGAUGUGCCAAUGGAUUCCUUCCCCAGUCUGGUUUUUCAACAGGUUAAGUACCCCAACCCGUUCCUUUGGACUGCUAUGAUUCGCGGGUACGCUCUUCAAGGACCCUUCUCUGAGUCUGUUAACUUGUAUACUAGAAUGAGGAGGGAUGGCGUCAGUCCUGUUUCGUUUACGUUUUCGGCGCUUUUUAAGGCCUGUGGUGCUGUUCUCGAUUUGGGUUUGGGUAGGCAGGUGCAUGCCCAGACGAUUCUGAUUGGGGGAUUUGCUUCUGAUUUGUAUGUGGGGAAUACGAUGAUUGAUAUGUAUGUGAAAUGUGGGUUUUUGAGUUGUGGGCGGAAGGUGUUCGAUGAAAUGUCUGAGAGAGAUGUGGUUUCUUGGACUGAGCUGAUUGUGGCGUAUGCUAAGUUUGGGGAUAUGGAAUCUGCCAGUGGCCUGUUUGAUGGAUUGCCUGUGAAGGAUAUGGUGGCGUGGACGGCAAUGGUCACUGGUUAUGCCCAAAAUGCUAGGCCAAAGGAGGCAUUGGAGUAUUUUCAAAAAAUGCAGGAUGUAGGUAUGGAGACCGAUGAAGUUACAUUGGUUGGUGUUGUCUCCGCCUGUGCACAGUUGGGUGCAAUUAAAUACGCCAACUGGAUUAGAGAUAUUGCUGAAAAAUCAGGUUUUGGGCCUUCUGAAAAUGUAGUUGUGGGAUCUGCUCUUAUUGAUAUGUAUUCAAAAUGUGGGAGUCCUGAUGAGGCGCAUAAGGUUUUUGAAGGAAUGCAGGAAAGAAACGUAUUUUCAUAUAGUUCAAUGAUUGUGGGAUAUGCUAUGCACGGUCGUGCUCAUUCAGCUUUGCAAUUGUUUCAUGAGAUGUUGAAGACUGAGAUUAGGCCGAAUAAGGUUACCUUUAUCGGGGUGCUUACAGCCUGCAGCCAUGCCGGUAUGGUUGAACAAGGUCGGCAGCUGUUUGCUAAGAUGGAGAAGUAUUUUAGUGUAGCUCCUUCACCCGAUCACUAUGCAUGUAUGGUAGAUCUCCUCGGUCGAGCUGGAUGUUUAGAAGAAGCUCUUGAACUCAUUGAAACCAUGCCAAUGGAUCCCCAUGGAGGUGUAUGGGGAGCACUACUUGGAGCAUGCCGCAUCCAUGGGAAUCCUGACAUUGCUCAGUUAGCUGCCAGCCAAUUAUUUGAGCUCGAACCAGAUGGUAUUGGGAACUACAUUUUGCUAUCGAACAUAUAUGCAUCGGCGGGAAGGUGGGAAGAAGUUUCAAAACUGAGGAGAGUAAUGAGAGAAAAAGGUCUAAAGAAGAAUCCUGGCUGCAGCUGGUUUGAAGGUAAGAAGGGGGAAAUUCACGAGUUCUUUGCAGGUGAUACGACUCAUCCUCGGUCAAAUGAGAUAAAACAAGCCUUGGAGCAUCUCCUGGAAAGACUAAGAGCUCAUGGAUACAAGCCAAACUUGAGUUCUGUGCCUUAUGACUUGACUGAUGAUGAAAAGAAACGGAUACUAAUGAGUCAUAGUGAAAAGCUUGCAUUGGCAUAUGGGCUACUAAGUACUGAUGCUGGUGACACCAUUAAGAUAAUGAAAAACCUUAGGAUAUGCGAGGAUUGCCACACUGUCAUGUGUGCUGCAUCCGAGAUCACAGGAAGGGAGAUCAUUAUCAGAGAUAACAUGAGAUUUCAUCAUUUCCACAACGGGACUUGUUCUUGUGGUAACUUCUGGUGAUCCAAGCCAAAUCCUCCGAAUUCCUUCGAAUGCCACAUUGUGGACCAAUGUCAUACAUCCUGACGUGUCCAAAUUCUCACACCUAUGGUUACAGUUGCUCAGAAAGGGAACUGGAGUCGCUAUCUCAGGUCAUUUCUUUUGACUCUGUUGUUCAGAAACCUAUGACAAUGUCGCGAGCUUUUUCUUAGCUGAAAGAGUAACUCUCACUUGUUAAGGAUCGACAGCAAAAGGUGCAGAAAUUUGAAAAACCGUUGUGGUCAUGUAAGUUUGCACAGUGAUUGGAAACCGAGAAUGAAAAUGGAAGCUUCAGCAAUGUGACGCCCAUCAUCGUGUAUUAUAAAGUAUAAAAUAAGGUUAUUUUGAUUUAGUUGUGUGGAGAUAGCCCCGAUGUUAUGCACUCAGAAAUGGGACAUCCAAAGAUAGAAGACUGCCAUCAAAGAAGCAUCAAGGCUAGAGGAUCCGAGUUCUCUCCUUCUUUUUGAUCCUUCAUGCUCGCAUACACGUAGAAUCCAUCUCAUUUAGUAUUUUUCUUUUUGUUUCAUCAAUACAUGAGUUGCCUAAUUUAAUUCCAUAAGGAGAUUAGAUGCAAAUGCAGUCUUAACUAAAUGUUGACAGGCAUAUAUGGAAGAUGGGACAUAGUUGCCAUAAAGCUCGUAAUAACAUAAAUUACUAAAAGAAAGUCAAAACCACAAUCCAUAAAUUACUUAAUACACACACCCAGGCCAUACAGCCAUAACAUCCCUUAUUAUUUAGUCACAGCAGCUGAGCUCUAUGUAAGCUGCCAUAUACGAAGAUCAGAAAGCUAAAACUUUAUU